AUGAGUGUCAAUCACCACAACGACUACAUCACUAUAUUUCUGUAUCGAUUCAAAUGUGUUGAGCCAUCAGUGGUCACCCAAUACUGUGUCUAUUGUCUGGACUCACGAAACAAUGUCUUCAUCCAAAGUGAACUGAAACUAUGGCCACCAAAGUGUAAACUGAGCAAGGUGUCCAAGUUUAUUAGAUUCUCAGCACUUGUGAACCAAAAGCAUAAAUAUCUGCCAAACGAUACCCUCACCAUUGGUCUCGAUAUCACUUAUAAUACACAAAUGAUUGGCCACAACAAGAAUCUGUGUCUUGAGAAUAGCUAUAAUAACAAAGAUCUUAACGAUUGUCGGCUCGUUGUCGGCGAUCAAGAGUUCUUCGUCUCAGAAGCCGUUCUCAGCUCUAAAUCCAAAGUCUUUCAAAAGAUGUUUUUAUACGACAUGAAUGACAAUAAGACAAAUGUAAUGAUUAUCGAUGAUAUCAAACCGGAAGUGUUCGAAGAGUUUCUGAAAUUUAUUUGUUUUGGAAAAUUAGACAAAUUGGAGGAAAUGACGGAACAACUGCUGUAUGUGUCGAAGAAGUAUAUGGUUUGUGGGCUGAAGAAUAUUUGCGAGAAUUUGACAAUUGAAUUCUUGGAUAAGAAUUGGACACGAAUUCUGGUGACUGAAUGGUAUAACUUCUUAGGCAACGAUCAGUCGCUUAUUAAUUAUUUAAAGCCUAAAGUGUCGACACAAACCAUGUCUUAUACAUACGGUUACUUCGAAUCAGAAGUCGGAUCCAAAAGUGACACAAAAGUUUAUGACCUG